UUACCAGCUUUUUUUUUUUUUUUGUUUUUUUUUUGUUUUCUCCUCUCUUUUAUUUCCACUCUCUCUCAAAGCACCUGUAGAGAAGGAAAAAAAGUAGCCGCAAAAGUUAUAAAAAGCUACGUUUCAAUCCUGCCUUCUCCUUCCGUCUCUCCUUCAACUCGCUCCCCAAUCUCUCUAACAAAGCCAGAAUCGAAAACACACGCAGGUCCCUCCAAGAAUCUAAAUCACUUUCUCGCGCGUCCCCCACUAUCGCCAGUCCUUUCCUAAUUUAAAAUUCUACCUAAUUCCACUCUCUCUUUAACCUCUUCAUCUCCUUCAAUCCCAGAAGAAGAUAAAAUAAAAGAAAAGCCAAGCCACUACCCCUCUAAAACGCUGCCGUUUUGUCUCAAAUUUUGAAGUUACUGAAGAAGUAGAUAAGGUUAUGGAGAACGUGUUGAAUUAGAUCUUCAAUAAGAGGAAUGCAUUUGGAUUUUUGCUGGCUUGGCUUUCAAAAGCACUCAAGAAUCCCCUCUGGCUGAUUUAUCUCUCGCUUUACUUCAGGAAACAUUGCUCUCCAGAAGUACAUUCCUUCAAGGGAUGCACCUUCAGGCAGUAUGAUGCCUUUGAGCUUUUCCAGUAAGGAGCGUGAGAUUGCUCAUUUUGCAGAGUCAGAGACAAGUCGCAGAAGGGUGAAAGAUGUGGAUGUUGACCUUAGUGAAGUUUACUUUUUAAUUAUGCAUUUCCUUUCAGCUGGGCCAUGUCAGAGAACUUAUGUACAGUUUUGGAAUGAACUUCUCGAACAUCAACUUUUACCUAGAAGAUAUCAUGCUUGGUAUUCAAGAAGUGGAGCACAUAGUGGGGAUGAAAAUGAUAAUGGUCUAUCAUUUCCAUUAAGUUACAAUAGUUUGGAGGAGCAGUAUGCAAUGUACCCUCACAUUGAGAAGAAUCACUUGGUAAAGCUUUUGAAACAAUUAUUGCUCAACACAGCCUCUCUAUCAGAAGGCUUGAUUGGUGAUGCUCCAAAUGCUGCUGAUGUUCCUACCCUUCUGGGAACGGGUUCAUUUUCACUUUUGAGUUGUGAUAGAGAUAAGGGAAAUGACCAAGUCAAGCACCCCCCUGCUCACAUGCGAUGGCCUCAUAGACAUGCUGAUCAGGUUCGCGGGUUAAGUUUGAGGGAAAUUGGAGGUGGUUUUGCAAGACACCAUCGUGCACCUUCUAUUCGUGCAGCAUGCUAUGCUAUUGCGAAACCAUCGACUAUGGUACAGAAAAUGCAAAAUGUCAAGAGAGUACGAGGACAUCGGAAUGCUGUCUAUUGUGCAAUAUUUGAUCGCUCUGGGAGAUAUGUUGUCACUGGUUCAGACGAUCGUCUUGUAAAAAUCUGGUCCAUGGAAACUGCUUUUUGCUUAGCUAGCUGUCGAGGGCAUGAAGGGGACAUUACUGACUUGGCUGUAAAUUCAAACAAUACCUUGGUGGCAUCCUCUUCAAAUGAUUGCAUAAUUCGAGUUGUAAGCUUUUUUCUUCUAAAAACUACAUCUGGAUUUGGGCAGUGGCGUUUGCCAGAUGGGAUGCCAAUAUCAGUUCUUCGUGGACACUCUGCAGCUGUUACUGCCAUUGCAUUUAGUCCAAGGCCUGGUUCUGCAUACCAGCUUUUGUCGUCUUCAGAUGAUGGAACAUGUAGGAUUUGGGAUGCCAGGUCUUCCAACUUAGGUACACGGAUAUAUGUUCCAAGGCCUCCAGAUCCUGUGGCUGGAAAGAACAGUGGUCCGUCCACAAGUAGUGGUCCUCAGAGCCAUCAGAUUUUUUGUUGUGCAUUCAAUGCUCAUGGAACUGUAUUUGUCACUGGUAGCUCUGACCACCUUGCUAGGGUGUGGAAUGCGCUUAAAUCCAACACGGAUGAUUCAGCCCAGCCAAAUCAUGAGAUAGAUGUGUUACCUGGCCACGAGAAUGAUGUCAACUAUGUCCAAUUUAGUGGUUGUGCCAUGCCAUCUAGAUUUUCUAUGGCUGACAACUCAAAGGAAGAAAAUAUUCCAAAAUUUAAAAAUUCAUGGUAUUUUCACGAAAGCAUUGUUACCUGUUCUCGAGACGGCAGUGCAAUUAUUUGGAUUCCAAAAUCACGUAGAUCACAUGGUAAAGCUGGCCGUUGGAUACGGCAUUAUCAUCUGAAAGUUCCUCCUCCACCAAUGCCUCCUCAACCUCCACGAGGAGGUCCACGACAGAGAAUUCUUCCAACUCCUCGUGGGGUAAACAUGAUUGCGUGGAGUCUGGAUAAUCGUUUUGUCCUUGCUGCUAUCAUGGAUUGCAGAAUAUGUGUUUGGAAUGCUGCUGAUGGUAGUUUGGUGCAUUCUUUGACUGGUCAUACUCAAUCUACAUAUGUUCUGGAUGUUCAUCCUUUCAACCCGCGAAUAGCUAUGAGUGCUGGCUAUGAUGGAAAAACAAUAGUGUGGGAUAUUUGGGAGGGCACACCCAUCCGGAUCUACGAAAUUUCACAUUUCAAGUUGGUUGAUGGAAAGUUUUCACCGGAUGGGACAUCUAUUAUACUUUCGGAUGACGUGGGUCAGUUGUACAUAUUAAAUACAGGCCAAGGCGAGUCCCAAAAGGAUGCUAAAUAUGAUCAGUUCUUCCUUGGUGAUUAUCGGCCCCUGAUACAAGAUACCUACGGAAAUGUACUUGACCAGGAAACUCAGCAAGUACCAUUCCGGCGGAAUAUGCAGGAUCUUCUUUGUGACUCAGGGAUGAUUCCUUAUACGGAACCUUACCAGAGCAUGUACCAGCAGAGACGGUUAGGAGCUCUGGGUGUGGAGUGGAAGCCAUCUUCUGUAAGAUUUGCUGUUGGACCAGACUUCAGUCUAGACCCGGAUAACCAAAUGCUUGCAUUGGCCGACUUGGAUGUAUUGGUUGAGCCACUGCCUGAUUUCAUGGAUGCCAUGGAUUGGGAACCAGAAAAUGACAUGCAAAGUGAGGACAAUGAUUCAGAGUACAGUGCCCCUGAAGAAUAUUCUUCUGAGGCCGAGCAAGGAAGGUCAAAUUAUAGUUCCUCUGGUGAUCCAGAGUGUAGUGCAGAAGACAGUGAGGCUGAGGGCAGGGAUGGUUUCCGAGGAUCUAAAAGGAGAAAACAAAAGGCUGAAAUUGAGAUAAUGACUUCUUCUGGGAGGCGUGUUAAAAGGAAAAAUUUGGAUGAAUGUGAUGGAAACUCAUUUAGAAGUAAUCGAACUAGGAAAUCAAGGAUUGACAGGAAAGCUUCAAAGAGGAAGUCUUCCACUUCAAAGGCCUUGAGACCUCAAAGAGCUGCUGCCCGCAAUGCGCUUAGUUUAUUUUCAAAAAUUACUGGAACAGCUACUGACGCAGAAGAUGAAGAUGGCUCAGAAGGUGACUUAUCAGAAACUGAAUCUGGAAUGCAAGACUCAAAUAUUAAAAGCGAUGAAUCAGAUAGAUCUUUGCACGAUGAGGGAAACAGGAAUUUGAAAGGAAAAGAUAUCCUGGAAGAGCCUGAAGACUUCGCAAAAUAUCAUGAAUUUACUGAAUCUCACACGAAUACUAUAAAUAGGAGGAGAUUGAUCCUUAAACUGCCAGUUCGUGAUUCUAGUAAGAUUGUGCUCCCGGAGUGUGGAAUGCACAAGGGUGACAGCCAGGUUGAUUUGGUUGGAUCAUCGUCCAAAGCUCCUCAGGAAGCCACUGAGGUAAAUGGGGUUCCUACAAGCUCUCAAGAUCCAGGAUAUUUUUCUGGUGAUGCACAUUGCAGCAGAAUGGAUGGAGGAAGAAGAGCACAGAUAAAAAAUUAUCCUUUGGACCUGUCUGAAGAAUAUAAAAAUGGGGAUAUCAGAUGGGGAGGUGUAAAGGCUCGUACUUCUAAGCGUCAGAGAUUGGGAGAAUCCAUUUCAUCAGCAGCAUAUACUGGAUCUAGUGCAUGCCUUGGUGAACACAAUGAAAAUGAAAAUAAUCUCAACAGGUACUCAAAACUUCAGGAGGAUAAUGGCACAAUAUCCCCUACUUUAGAAGUUCAAAAUAACACGGACAAAGGAGUGGUACCAGUGAAUGGAAGAAAUGCUGGUGCUGAUACCUUUGAGCUUGUAAAUGAUGUGUCCAAUGGUGAAGAGCACCCAACCUUCAACGGAUGCCUGGACUCUGAUAAAUUACCAACCCUGGGUCACAUGGUUAAUGGGAAUGACAACCCUCCUGAUCUCAGAGAGAGCCUCCCGCCUUUCUCAACAAAGAUAAGGAUAAGAUCAAAAAAGAUAUUGAAGGACUCACUAGAUAAUCAAGGAAAUGGUAUGUGUGAUUUAUCUACUGAUAAGCCUGCAAACAUGACACAGAAUCCAGUCAAGGAGAUGCUGGAGCAUAAUGGCUCCAAUGGAAUUGCUCCAGAAUAUAAAGGUGAUGGAUUGGAAGAAUCAGAUACUCAGAUUGGUGAAAUUUCCAUGCUAUGCUUGGACAACUCUUCAGGGUCCCGUUCAGAUCCGAAAAGGAUGUUUGAUGUUGUUUACAGAAGGUCAAAGCCAGGCAGAGGUAGAAUUAGCUCAGAAGGUGAUGGUAGUAUCAGAGAAGACACUUUAAGUGCUUGUGACCCUCAUCUUGAUUUCAGAGGGGAUUCCUAUGAAGGCGCAUCUGGUGGAUCUCAAAGAACACGUUCCAUGGGCUUGAAGGCACCUACACAUGAUUCAAAUAUGGCAAGCAAUAAUCUCCAGAUGGAGCAGGGACAUGAAUCAGAUGAUACUUGUAGAGAUGCUCUCGACGAUUCCAUUAAUAGAUGUCAGCUUUCACUUGAAGAAUGGGGAUCCAGCUCAAGGAUGACAGCUCGCUUGAGAUCUACUAGAAACAGGAAAGCCAGUUAUCACUUUCGUGACACAAGUCCAGUAGAUGGAAGGAAGUUGCAUCAGUCAGCCAAAAAAGCAUCAUGGUUAAUGCUGUCAAUGCACGAGGAGGGGUCUCGUUAUAUCCCCCAGCAAGGGGAUGAAGUUGCAUAUUUGAGACAGGGCCAUCAAGAGUACUUAGAUCGCAUGAAGUCUAAAGAAGCAGGCCCUUGGAAAAUAAUGAAGGGAAACAUUAGGGCGGUCGAGUUCUGUAAGGUUGAAGCCCUUGAGUAUGCUGCUCUUGCAGGAUCUGGAGAUUGUUGCUGCAAAAUGACGCUUAGAUUUGUAGAUCCUACUUCCAGCACAUUUCAGAAAUCAUUCAAGUUAACUCUACCCGAAAUGACUGGCUUCCCAGAUUUUCUUGUUGAGAGAACUCGGUUCGAUGCUGCCAUACAGAGGAAUUGGAGUCGUAGGGAUAAAUGUAAGGUCUGGUGGAAAAACGAGGGUGAAGAAGAUGGUGAUUGGUGGCAUGGCCGGGUUCUAUAUACGAAGCCCAAAUCAUCGGAGUUUCCUGACAGUCCAUGGGAGAGGUGUACUGUUCAGUACAAGAGUGAUCCCAAAGAAUUGCAUGAACACAGUCCUUGGGAGCUUUUUGAUGAUGAUACUCAGUUGGAGCAGCCUCGUAUAGAUGAGGAGAUCACAAAUAAGUUGUUGUCUGCCUUCACCAAAUUAGAUCGAUCAGGCAAAAACCAGGAUCACUAUGGGGUUGAAAAGCUAAGGCAAGUUUCACAGAAGUCAAAUUUUAUUAACAGGUUCCCAGUUCCAUUGUCUCUUGAAGUGAUCCAGUCAAGGUUAGAAAACAACUACUAUAGAAGCUUGGAGGCAUUGAAGCAUGACUUUGAAGUCGUCCUCUCAAACGCAGAAUCACACUUUGAGAAGAAUGCAGAGCUCUCCAUAAAAAUGCGACGUUUAUCAAACUGGUUCGCGCGGGCAUUAUCAUCUUUGUAGCCCCAAAUUGUUGGGAUAUUAGUUGGGCCCAUCUGGUUUUUCCCCUCAUAAUUUUUUUGUACAUAAUUUGUUUUUUUAUCAGGAGGUAUUUUACCCUCUAGCUUCAAUUUUGGGAAUCGGUUUUCCUUCUGUUUUUUAUGCGUUGUUUUAGGGGAGAUAGAGCUCUCAGGGGAAAGUAGCUUGAUUGCUGUGGAAAAAUUUCCACAGGAAGAUUCAUUCUUGUAUAGACAACAUUGUUAGCAUCCUCACAAAUGAAUACAGAAACUGCCCACCAUUUUAGCCCUUA